GAGAUUACACGUUUAUGACAAAGCAUAUAUACGCGGGCGGGCGUAUAUAAUAGUUCCUUUUUGAUUUGGUUUGAAAGGAAAUGAAUUAUUCCUGAAACAGGAAUACUUUCCUUCCUAUUAAUUUCUGUUAUAUCAUAUUGUUUACUUCCCUCUUCUCUUAUAAACCGUUGAAUUUGCGAGGUUCCAUUCCAUUCCAUUCAAGCUUCAAUGGCGUCUCAAGAUUCGGCUGGAAAGACAAAUGAUCAGUCUAAAGUCUCCGCAAUCUCCGGUGAAGGUGCCAAACCUCCUAAUCAUGCUUUUCUUACUAUCUGCAAAUCUCUUGUCGCAGGUGGAGUCGCUGGUGGAGUUUCACGGACAGCUGUGGCUCCUCUAGAGAGAUUGAAGAUUCUGCUGCAGGUUCAAAAUCGUCACAAUGUAAAAUACAACGGAACUGUUCAGGGAUUAAAAUAUAUAUGGAAAACUGAGGGUUUUAGGGGAAUGUUUAAAGGAAACGGAACCAAUUGUGCUCGUAUUAUCCCAAAUUCAGCAGUGAAGUUCUUUAGCUAUGAGCAAGCAUCUAAUGGUAUUCUAAGUCUCUAUCGGUUGCAAACUGGAAAUGAAGAAGCUCACCUCACUCCUCUUCUGCGCCUUGGAGCUGGGGCAUGUGCAGGAAUCAUUGCAAUGUCUGCAACUUACCCAAUGGACCUGGUGCGAGGACGCCUAACUGUACAGACAGAAGCAUCUCCUCAUCAAUACAGAGGAAUUUUUAAUGCUCUUUCAACUGUCUUCCGGGAAGAGGGCGCUAGAGCAUUGUAUAAAGGAUGGUUGCCUUCAGUCAUAGGAGUUAUACCGUACGUGGGUCUAAAUUUUUCUGUAUAUGAAUCUCUAAAAGACUGGUUGAUUCAAACAAAACCACUUGGAAUUGCUCAAGACUCAGAGCUAAGUGUGACCACAAGGCUUGCAUGUGGGGCUGCUGCUGGAACUAUUGGCCAGACAGUGGCAUACCCCCUUGAUGUUAUUCGCAGAAGAAUGCAGAUGGGGGGCUGGAAAGGCGCUGCUUCCGUUGUCACUGGUGAUGGGAAGGGUAAUCUUGAGUAUACUGGCAUGGUUGAUGCAUUCCGUAAAACUGUUAAGUAUGAGGGAUUUGGAGCUUUAUACAAGGGCUUAGUACCCAAUUCAGUCAAGGUGGUCCCUUCCAUAGCCAUUGCCUUCGUGACAUACGAGAUGGUCAAGGAUGUUCUAGGAGUUGAAAUGAGAAUAUCUGACUGAAGAAUUAGCAAUUGUAUGAUCCUUAAGAUUUGACAUGUGAUUUUUUUAUAUAAAAUUGUAAAAUGCUAGUAUUUAUCAUUUUUUGUUAGAAAAAAAUAUGCAUAUAGGAAACAGCAACGAUAAUAUU